AUGGCAGAUAAAACCACCGUCGACAACCCCGAGGUAGGAACACUAGAUACGUUUUUAUCGCAAAAUACGGCUGAAAAUACGGUAGAAAACACGGGUCAAAGCGAAAUAAACAGUACUAAACCUGAUAAAGCAAGCGCAGAAACGGACGAAAAUACUCUGUCUGUCUCGACAAACGACCCAUCCUCUCGUCCCAAAAGAUCAGUAAAACCCACCGAAAAGUCUAUCGAAAACAGGGUUCAAUCCGAUCAUUCAAAGCUUGACAAAUUGUGGCGAAACACGUCAACCGCUGUGGGCAAAUUGCAAGAAACACCCGAUUCGCUAAAUCAAAUAAAAUCCCAUACGUCAGAAGUACGUUCGCUAUUCCACGAGUACCACGCUGUUUCUUUGUCGCUCUUAGAGUUUCUCGCUAACCUCAGCGACCCCAAACACCAAAAAGAAUACGAAACAUUGCAGAAACUCGUAAAUAAUCGUAGCGAGUACAUUCAUACAGUAAUAAACGAAGCAAACGAGCGGGAAAAGGAACUUUUGCUUGAAAUUAACUCUGUCCACCAUUCCCGAAUUUCCCGUAGUUCCCGCAGCUCCACAACAUCCUCCACCGCCGCUCGAGCUCUUGCAAGAGCUGAGGCUACAGCGGCACUAAAGAAAGUAGAAAUGCAAAAAUGGCGAUCAUUGCGAGAGUCCCAGUCUGCCAUGGAAAUACAACAACAAGAACUUGCCCUAGCCCAAAAGAAAAUGGAAGAGAAAUCCCGAAUGGAAAGUUUACUAUUAGAAGAAGAAGCAGCAGUCGCCGUUGCUAAAGCUCAGGCAAUAGAUAAAGAACUGAGCCUCGUAGAUCAUCAAGAUCCUGAACACUUUGACCUACCCCAAGACGAUCCUGCGGAAAGGGUCCAAAACUAUAUAAAUUCGCAACGCUUCGAAGAAUCUAACAUUGGCCAAGACUCUAGUCCCCCGGUUCCAAAUCAUGUCAUCGGUCCACAACUCCCACAGAAUACCAACCAUCCUAUACGAGAAAAACCACUCAACCGAAGACUAGACCCGGCGGCCAACUCGUUUAUCCCUCAACCACAGAACUCUCGGACAGACCCCAGUACAAAUGCUAUAAGCUCUUACAUCCAAUUCAUGGCACGCAGAGAGCUUAUCGCUAAUAAGAUUCAGAGAUUUGACGAUAAUCCCAGAAAUUUUUACGGUUGGAAAGAAUCCUUCAAGAAUAUGAUACGAGACAUUCACCUCUCCCCUAGCGAAGAGCUAUCACUCAUCAUAGAGUAUACCAGCAACGAAUCAAAGAAACUUGCUCAACGGCUUCGAAACGCAUAUAUCAACAAACCCACAGAAGGCGUGGAGAUACUAUGGCAAAAACUUAGCCAGCGGUUUGGUUCUAACGCGGUUAUAACUGAAGUACAUUUGAACAAACUGAAAGAUCUGCCGAAAAUCGGAUUUAGAGAUAACAAGAAACUCCAAGAACUCGGAGAUUUGCUCUUAGAAUUACAGUGUGCAAGAACGACGGCGGAUACAGAGGCCUCAGAAUCCUCGACGAGCCCGCUUACAUUAAACCUGUCAUUGCGAAGCUCCCUGGCGAUAUCCAAAGCAGAUGGCAAAAGCACGCCUUUCGAUAUAAGAAACAACACACCGAGGUGGACUACCCCCCAUUUUCCGAGUUCGUCACCUUCAUCCAGGAGUUGUCCCUCGAAAGAAACGAUCCUAACCUGA